AUGUCAUGGCUGUCGACGAACGUGUGCCCAACCAAAGGCUCUUGUGAUACACUCGGCAUGAUUGCAGAUGAUGAGGAUGGCCCUUCAAGAAAGAAGCAAAAGAGCGAUGAUGACAACGCCGCAUAUGCCAGUCUGUUCGCAUCUUCAGCAAUCGUAUAUCAAUAUCCAACGACCGCCAAGACUUCGGCAUCGAACAGCUUUGCAGUUGACGAUACAUCAAUUUCAUCAAAUAGAUGCACUUCACAAGCACGAAUUGAGCCUUUGCUCGACAAAUUCUCCAAGCAACCUCCGGGAAUUGACUUGGUACAGGCGCUCACACCAGUCAUUCCAUCACCAGGGUCGCCACCCUCAUUUCACCUGUCACGACAUCCAUUGGAAAAGAAUGCAUUUCCAUCCAUUCCAUCUCCCUCGCUAUCACAACGAACACCACGCUUUGCUGUCCAAGAUGCGUUCGACGUGGAGGAGGAAAGUCCUAUCAGUCAUGAAGCUCUGACUGGUAUACUCGCAGGCGACGCACGAUCAGGCCUCGUUGGCCAUCUCAUACCCAUCUCGUCGCUUGAUCGCCACCUUUGGUACAGUCAUGGUCAGGAGCAAGCUAUUGUGAAUUUCGAACCCAUCGUUCACCGUAAUGGCGAAAUACGUUUGAGGCAAUGGGAAGAGCAAAAGAACAGGGUGCACCCUGUGGGCGGCAAGAAGGUUUUCAACCCACGAUUGGCGGCAGCCUUUGACCGACAUGGCCUUCACCAACUACUCGAGUUCGUGGGCAAGUACACUACAUGUGCAGCCAAGAUAUUAAUUGGUGGCGGUCCCAUCAAGUUUCAACGGCUACAGCAGAUGCCAGCAGUCACAGAUGAACAAACCAAAUGCCGUGUGGUCUACAUUGACUUUGUUCACAAUCCCACAGUCGCGGUUCCUCACAGUCCCAUCCCACGCAACGGGCUAUACGUCGGCGUGUCAACAGCUGGGGGGUAUUGGUGGGCACCUCUUUCUACUUAUGACAAGGCGUCAUACUACAGCAGAACUGGUCAUGUCUGGGGCGAAGCGAAGUCCAUCUUUCAUCUAUAA